GGGUGUAGGUGUUCCGCGCAGAGCGGGUGGAACCGCCUUCCUGCCUCCAGGGGGCAGCGGCCGCGCUCUGGUCCCUUCGUGGACAGCUCGGCGCCCGCGCCGCUCUUCCUGUCGCUGGGAGUGGCGGGCCGACCAGCGGGCGGCCCGGGCCGGCGGUCGCCAUUCCCGUGUCGCUGCGCCCGCGGGGGCCGCCCGAGCCCGCCACGAUGCCACUGGGCCUGAAGCCUACCUGCAGCGUGUGCAAGACCACGUCGUCCUCUAUGUGGAAGAAGAGCCCGCAAGGGGAGAUCCUCUGCCACCACUGCACGGGCCGGGGCGGCGCGGGCGGCGGGGGCGCCGGCACAGGGGCGACUGGCGGAACGGGGGGCAGCAGCGGCGGUGGCGGCUUCGGCGCGGCGACCUUCGCUAGCACCUCUGCUGCCCCUCCGCAGAGCAACGGGGGCGGGGGCGGCAAGCAGAGUAAGCAGGAAAUUCACAGGAGGUCUGCUCGGCUGAGAAACACUAAAUACAAAUCUGCUCCAGCUGCUGAAAAGAAAGUUUCCACCAAAGGAAAAGGGAGAAGACAUAUUUUUAAAUUAAAAAAUCCCAUCAAAGCUCCUGAGUCUGUUUCCACUAUAAUCACUGCAGAAUCGAUCUUCUACAAGGGAGUCUAUUACCAAAUUGGAGACGUUGUUUCUGUGAUUGAUGAACAAGAUGGAAAGCCCUACUAUGCUCAGAUCAGGGGCUUCAUCCAGGACCAGUAUUGCGAGAAGAGUGCCGCACUGACGUGGCUCAUUCCCACCCUCUCUAGCCCCCGGGGCCAGUUUGAUCCUGCAUCCUACAUCAUCGGACCAGAGGAGGAUCUUCCAAGGAAGAUGGAAUACUUGGAAUUUGUGUGUCACGCACCUUCUGAAUAUUUCAAGUCACGUUCAUCACCAUUUCCCACAGUUCCAACCAGACCAGAGAAGGGCUAUAUAUGGACUCAUGUUGGACCUACUCCUGCAAUCACUAUUAAGGAAACAGUUGCCAACCAUUUGUAGUUUAGAAAGUAAAACUUAUUUCCAGUUAUCUUGGAUUCAUAGUACUCUAAGACUUGCCACAUAUUUCUUUCAUGAAAUUCCUAGAUGGAAAGAAGACUAAGAAGUUUUUCCCUACUACCCAGUAACCAGUAGCUUAUUUAUUACUAGUCACUUGGAAAGUGAAAAGGGAUAACAAGGAAUUAAAUUACAGGCAAAGGCUAUAAUUUCCAGGGAGACCAUUAGGAACAGGUGGUAUCUAUUUUUCUCCAUGGAUUGUAUUCUCUAAAUGGAUUGUAUUUUUCUACAAGAACAAAAUGGUAAUUAAGGUUUAGAUUUCUGACUAAGGACUUAAUCAAAUAAAAUAUAGCUAUGACCAACUGUA